AUGGCAAACCGCGAAUCCCUUCCCAACACGGGCACGGGAAAUACGCCGAUCUCUGUUUCUGGCCUGCAGUCACGACAAAGGACUGCUGCUGCUGUCGUCAGGUUUAUCAGAUGUCCGUCACCGUACCGCACACGGAAUCCCUUCAAUUUCCCCUUCCACUUCCACCAGGGUCUUGCCCCUUUGGGCGGCGGUUACUUGCUCCAGGAGAAAGAACCAUUGGAACUCGUAGCACACACUCCCCCUACGCAACACUACGAGGACGAGGCUGACAUCACCUACUAUGGGUCAUCUUACCGUCUCUUCACUUUUGCCGUUCAGGCCGUUGCGCCGAGGACAACGAGGCAGCCCAAGACUAACGGCCAACAGACGGUGAGACUCUUCGCUCGCUCAGCCUCCACAGCUAGCAGUCUAGCCAACAGGUACCCGGGUCUGGAAGAGACGGCCGGCUUGGAGUACCACGGCGGGCUCACAACGGCCUGA